UUCUGUCUUUGGAAAAAAGGUCCUAAAAAAAAUGGCAGAAAGCCAAGAGAAAAAGAAGUCAAGCUCAACUUCACUUUCAGUUUCAGAACAAGGAAAUGAUAUUAAUGAAGAAGAAGAAGGUGAAAUACAGCGAUCAGCAAAACGAAAUCGUGAGCAAGGAGAAGAAGCACGAGAACUGGGUGAGGGCGAUUCUCAUCAGUCUCCGAAGAGAAGCAGAAUAAAUGGGUCUUCUUCAACUUCUUCAAUUUCUUGUUCUUCGUUUCAUGAGUCUGUAGUAUUUAGAAUAGUAGUUCCAUGUUGGCAAAUUGGAAGAGUAAUUGGUAAACAAGGUAGUAGAAUAAGUCAAAUCAGACAGCAUACCAAGGCUAAUAUCAAAAUUGCUGAUUCUAUCUCUAGAAAUGAAGAUCGUGCUAUAAUAAUAAGUUCAACAAAUGAAGAUAAUGUAAUAUCUGAAGCGGAGAAAGCUCUUUAUCAUAUUGCCAGUGUCAUUCUCAUGGAAACUGAUGAAUAUAGUGAGCCCCCUGGAAUUGGUGAAGCGCACUUGGUUGCCAAGACGAUCCGGCUUUUAAUUGCAGGGUCUCAAGCAGGUUGUCUAAUUGGGAAGUCAGGUCAGAAUAUUGCUAAAAUACGAAAUCUCUCUGGGGCCACCAUCACGAUUAUGGCUCAGAAUCAGUUGCCUCUAUGUGCAUCUGCUCAUGAAUCUGAUCGGGUGGUACAGAUAUCAGGUGAAGUCCCUGAAGUAUUGAAAUCCUUGGAGUUAAUUGGCUGUGAACUAAGGGAAAACCCAGCGAAAAAAGUAAUAUCUAUCAGGCCAGUAAGUAAUUCUAAAUCAAAUGCAUUGAUUCAGUCGCCGGGUAUUCAUUUAGUACCAAACUAUUCAAUAUCACCAGUAGUUGUGGCUCCGGCUGCACCUCCAGCUCAUGCUCCAGGAUCAGACAUGAUGAUGGAGAUGACAAUUUUGGAGGCAUUGGCUGGUGGCUUUAUAGGCAAGGGUGGGUCCAACAUUUCCAGAAUAAGAAAUGUGUCUGGAGCUACAAUAAAGAUUAGCGGACCUACGCGUGAUAAAGACCAUAGGGUAAUUCACCUCAGUGGUAGUAGUCAAGCGGUAGACUUGGCAAGGAAGCUUGUGGACGAAUACUUAGCUUCACAAACACUUUAGAGUUUAGGACUGAGUACAGUUUCUCUCAAUUGUUGUUCUGCCUAACAGAGCCAGUUCUAGGCACAAGUAACUAAACAAGUAAUCAGGAGCCCGUUUUUUGGGGCCCGGCCUGAAUUUUAUAAAAUUUAUGUGAACUUUAGCUCACACACAUUUGUAAUGACUCGUCAUUGUGUUACCAUCCAAUAAAUUGAUAUUGCAGUAAA